GUCUCGUCAACAACUCCAUGGCCGAGAUGGCUACCUACAUGCCCGUCACCGGCGGAUUCGUCCGAAUGGCGGGUAGGUGGGUUGAUGAAGCUCUUGGGUUCAUGGCAGGGUGGAACUUCUUCUUCUACGAAGCUCUGCUCAUUCCAUUCGAAAUCACAGCUCUCAACCUGGUGCUCGGCUUCUGGAGAGACGAUAUCCCGGUCGCGGCAGUUUGUGCGGCCGUGAUCGUACUAUAUGCGUUAUGCAACAUUCUUGCUGUGCAGGCAUACGGCGAAGCCGAAUUCUGGCUAUCCGGUGGCAAGGUGAUCCUGAUCAUCAUGCUUUACUUCUUUACCUUUAUCACCAUGUGCGGUGGCAAUCCAAGGCAUGACGCCUACGGCUUCCGUUACUGGAGAGAACCCGGGCCAAUGGCCGAAUACCUUGCGACUGGCGACAAGGGCCGUUUUGAAGGCUUCCUCGGCGCGCUCUGGGCUGCUUCCUUCUGCAUCGUUGGCCCCGAGUAUAUUUCCAUGGUCAGCGGUGAGGCUAAACGCCCGCGAACCUAUAUCAAGAACGCUUUCAAGACCGUCUACUGGCGCUUCGGAGCUUUCUUCAUCUUGGGCGCUCUGUGCGUUGGCAUCGUCAUCCCGUACAACGACCCGACUCUCGUGGACAUCCUGACUGGCAACCAGGGUGGCUCUGGCACUGCUGCGGCCUCUCCCUACGUUAUUGCGAUGAAGAACCUCGCUAUCCCUGUCCUACCUCAUAUUACAAACGCCCUUCUGGUAACUAGCAUCUUCUCUGCGGGCAACACCUACACUUACUGCGCGACUCGCAGUUUGUACGGGCUUGCGAUUGAGGGACGCGCGCCGAAAUUUCUCCGCAAAUGCACCCGCAAGGGCGUCCCCAUCUACUGCUUCUGCAUUGUUAUGGUGUUCCCCCUGCUAUCCUUCCUGCAGGUGUCCAGCGGAUCCGCCAAGGUCCUAACCUGGCUGGUUAAUCUCAUAACGGCAGGUGGCUUGAUCGACUUCAUCGUUAUGAUGAUUACCUUCCUGGCCUUUUACAGGGCGUGCAAGGCUCAGGGUGUCGACCGCAAGUCUCUGCCCUAUUGCGGCUGGUUCCAACCAUAUGGUACUUGGUUCGGCUUGGUCUUCCUCAUCUGCGUUGUCUUCUGCUACGGCUAUUCCGUCUUCCUGCCGGGUGCCUUCACGAUUGAGGACUUCUUCUCGUACUACACGAUGCUCGGCGUCGCACCUAUCCUAUUCGUCGUCUGGAAAUUGAUUCACAAGACCAAAGUCAUCCCAGCGCAUGAGGUGGAUCUCGUUUGGGACGCCCCUCUGAUCGAUGCGUAUGAGGCCUCGUUCAUUUCUCCUCCAGUCGGUUUCUGGACGGAGAUGCUUCAGCUUGUCGGCUUGAAGCGAAACAUCGAAGUCGACAAGAGGGCUGUUUAGGCGCGCACGGCAAGAGUUGGGACACUAGCAUGUGCAUGGAAUUUGUACAUCAUCUGUACUACAUUUGGGUUUACAAGAUCGAGUAGGAGCUAUGAGGUUUUUGAGCGACGGCCUAUCGACAGCGGACGACGACUCAUGAUUGCAAUGAGAUACCCACAUUCAC